AUGUUCCUCGCCAGGUCAUUACGGGCUGCUACCACAGCUGCGCUCCUGGCCGGCUUCGCAACGGCUCAGACAUCUACCGACUGCAACCCCACACAGACAACAUGUGACGCCAAUCCGGCAUUGGGCAUGGCCAUCAACGUCGACUUCACCCAGGGCGAGGUCAACUCGUUUACUGCUAGUGGCGGUACGCCAUCGUACGGCUCUGACGGCGUCACAUUUACCAUCAGCAAGUCGGGCGACGCCCCGCAGCUGAACAGCGUCUUCUACAUCAUGUUCGGCAAGGUCGACAUCACCAUGAAGUGCGCACCGGGGACCGGCAUUGUCACCUCGGUCGUGCUCCAGUCCGACGACCUGGACGAGAUAGACAUGGAGUUCCUGGGCGUCGACAACUCCCAGGUCCAGACCAUGUAUUUUGGCAAGGGCCAGAGGGCUCCCGACCCGCUCGUCUACGCCUCCGCCCCCAACAACCAGGACGAGCUCGUCACCUACUCGUUCGACUGGACCUCGGAGCGCAUCGUCUGGUCCGUCGGCGGCAACGACGUGCGCGUCCUCGAGGCGUCCUCGUACCCGGAGUACUACCCGCAGACGCCUAUGCAGCUCAAGUUCGGCAUCUGGGCCGGCGGCGACCCCAGCAACUCGGAGGGCACCGUCGCCUGGGCCGGCGGCUCGACCGACUACUCCCAGGGCCCCUUCUCCGCGACGGUGCAGAAGGUCUCCGUCACCGACUACUCCACGGGCAGCAAGUACUCGUACGGCGACAUGUCCGGCACGUGGGAGUCCAUCAAGAGCGAGGGCGGCGAGAUCAACGCCAACGCCGACCAGGCCGGCACCGUCACCACCGUGUCCGGGGCGACGGCCUCGACCGGCUCCGCCAAUUUCCCCGGCAGCGGCAUCGCCGGCGGGUCCUCGACCAGCGCCUCGAGCGUUGAUGCCAUCCCCAGCGGCUGGCGCAUGACUUCGAGCGGCAAGAUCGUGCCCAACAGCUCGACAGCGGGCCCCCUCACGGCCUCCUCCUCGCCGGCCUCCUCGGCCUCUCCGUCCUCGCAGCCCGGGGCAGCGGCUCCUGGCGGUGAAGAGACCAUCACCACCUGGGACGGACAAGGCUUCGCGACCACCGUGACGCUCCCCUCCGGAUGGGCGACGGCGACCAGGAGCUACGACGACCAGGGCUUCCCCGUGUCCACGAGCGCGCCCGAGGCCCCGCCCGUCGCCGGCGGGGCCCAGCAGCAGAACAGCAAGGUCGGCUCCAAGACGGCCGCCGAGAACGGCGCCGGGCCGUCCGCGGUCAUGGCGUCUUGCGGGCUGUGGCUGCUGCUCGCCGCGCCGCUGCUGGCGUUCGUUGCUGGCGUGGUCGUUAUAUGA